AGCUCUGCAUCAUAUAUAAACCUGCAGACACUCACCUGCACUAGUAUCACCUGUUGGGACAGCAUGGCCUCCACAGAGUGCUCCACUCAGACAUACAAGAUGACUUCUUUGGACAGCGACUUCCAGGAUGCAAUCGAUGUGAUUAAACAGCAUUCAAAUAAUCCUUAUUAUGAUUCAGAGUACACGUAUUAUGAGACUCUGGGCAGCCAGCAGCCGCUGCUGGAGUACCAGAUCUCCUACUGCCGCGUCACAUCUGACGCCCCAGCCCCGGCCUGUGACUGGAACGACAUGGCUCAGCAGUCUUGGCCUCCGGUCCUCCCGGACGCCUCGUUGGCUCAUUCUGUGCAGAACGAGUCGCCUCAUUUCUACCCGAUCCUCCCGCCGCCGCGGAGCAGCAAAGGUCGUAAGAAGCUGAGGCUCUAUGAGUACCUCCACGAGGCCCUCAGCGACCCCAACAUGGCCGACUCCAUCCAGUGGACGGAGAGCGGCAGCGGCACCUUCCACUUCAUCUCCAAGAACAAGGAGAAGCUGGCGGAGUGCUGGGGCCAGAGGAAGGGGAACCGCAAGACCAUGACCUACCAGAAGAUGGCGCGCGCCCUGAGGAACUACAGCCGCACCGGUGAGAUCAUCAAGGUGCGCCGCAAGCUCACCUACCAGUUCAACCCCGACAUCCUGCACCGCCUCGGCUCCUCCCCGCCGCCGCUGCACCUCCCCGUCCGGCCCCCUGCUCCCCAGGAGGCGCAGGGCCCGAGGCCGGCCCCCCCCGACCAGACCAGCUACGGGGGCCCGGUGGCGGCGGACUGGACCGGCUGGUACGGACACUACCAGCUGCAGGAGGACUACGACCUGGCCGCCAGCCUCACUAACCACACCACCGCCAAGCUGUAG